AUGCUCAGUUCGCACAGUUCGAAGAGUGCUAGAAGAAGCGAAAACAUUGUUAGAGCGAAGAUGGCUCCGUGUCCAAUGCUUACAGAACUUCACAAGCAGCAGCGACUCGCAUUUGCAGAAGAGAAGCUUAUGCAUCCACUUGACUGGAGCAGGAUUGUUUGGUCGAAUGAGAAGAAAUUUAAUCUUGACGGGCUCGACGGUUUCUUAUUACUGGCGUGA